AUGGAGGAAGAAGCGAUGGACGAGAGCUCUCGACGCUCCGUCAGCCGACCUGCGACGCGUGCAGCUGGACCUGCCAACAGUGAAAAUAUGUCCUUCAACAACUCUCGCGGUCACUCGUACACAGAAGCAGCACAACAAGAAGAAGACUACGAUGAACGCGAUGCCCACCGAUAUGAGGCAGCAGAUGACUACUACAGCACACCUUUCUCUAGCCCACUGAAGAGACCUGUCGACAUGUCACAGAGUCCCAACUAUGAGACCCAGGUUGCGGCGCCGGUGGUAAAGGACCUUCUGGAAGGAUAUAUGACACGCCGAAUGCCAACUAUUAUCCAACACGGACGGAUGAUGGUACAGAGUGAAGGCUAUUAUGCAUUGCCUCAGCGGCCGAUCGCAUCACCAUUUGCCGCUGUACCAGAUCAGCACACCACGUAUGCGCCCAUGCCUCGUGGCGCCGGCUAG